AUGCAACUACUUGGUGUCACAUUACCUGAUAAUAAAUAUGUCAAAAUAGCCCUAACAUAUUUCUAUGGCAUUGGUCUGAAAACUGCUGAGCAAAUCUGCAGCAAAAUAUCUAUUCACAAGACAUGUCGUCUGAGCGAACUCACCGAACCACAACUCAAUAGGCUAGCCUUACUAUUGUCUCAAAUGACAUUGGAGUCGGAAUUGAAAAGAGUGGUUAAGGCUAAUAUCCUACAUCAUAGACAGAUCGGGACAUACAUUGGUAAGAGACACGUUAUGGGAUAUCCAGUUAGGGGACAACGGACGAAGACUAAUGCUAGAACUGCGAGGAAGUUGAAUGGAAAAUCGAUUACGCGAGAGUACUCGAGCUUGGCAUUGCUGCACUCAUCACCCUCUGCAUCGGAUCAUCUCCUAAAACAACACGAAGCUGGAUUUUUAACAGGACCGCGUAACUUUAACGGAUUGCGUUAUCUUCCGCUUGUAAAACUUGUAAAUCUGUUUUCACGAGUAUUGAAACGGUAA